AUGGCUAAUGAAAACUACACAAAGGUCACCGAAUUCAUUUUCACAGGCUUGAAUUACAAUCCUCAGUUGCAGGUCUUCCUCUUCCUACUCUUUCUGACAACUUUCUAUGUCAUCAAUGUAACUGGAAACUUGGGAAUGAUUGUCCUUAUCCGAAUCGAUUCCCGCCUUCACACACCCAUGUACUUUUUCCUCAGCCACCUGUCCUUUGUGGACAUCUGCUUCUCCUCAGUUGUGAGCCCCAAGAUGCUCACUGACUUCUUUGUGAAGAGGAAAGCCAUUUCUUUCCUUGGCUGUGCUUUGCAGCAGUGGUUCUUUGGGUUCUUUGUGGCAGCAGAGUGUUUCCUCUUGGCGUCCAUGGCCUAUGACCGCUAUGUGGCCAUCUGUAACCCAUUGUUAUACUCAGUUGCUAUGUCCCAGAGGCUCUGCAUCCAGCUAGUGGUGGGUCCCUAUGUCAUUGGACUCAUGAAUACCAUGACUCACACAACAAAUGCAUUUCGUCUCCCUUUUUGUGGCCCUAAUGUCAUCAAUCAUUUCUUCUGUGAUAUGUCCCCCUUACUUUCCCUUGUAUGUGCUGAUACCAGGCUCAAUAAGUUGGCAGUUUUCAUCGUGGCUGGAGCUGUGGGAGUCUUCAGUGGUCUGACUAUCCUGAUUUCCUACAUUUACAUCCUCAUGGCCAUCCUGAGGAUCCGCUCUGCUGAUGGGAGGUGCAAAACCUUUUCUACUUGCUCUUCUCACCUGACAGCUGUUUUCAUCUUGUAUGGUACCCUUUUCUUUAUUUAUGUACGUCCUAGUGCAAGCUUCUCCCUGGAUCUCAAUAAAUUAGUGUCUGUGUUUUACACAGCAGUGAUUCCUAUGUUGAACCCACUUAUCUACAGCUUGAGAAACAAGGAAGUCAAAGAUGCCAUCCACAGGACUGUCACUCAGAGGAAGUUUUGCAAGGCCUAA